AUGGCUCGCUCCACAAUGUCCGUCUCCUCGAUACAAACCUCUUCUGACUAUCGAUCGCAGCAUUCCACCAGAAGAUCGAGCGCCAACAACAGCAGCGUCUCUUCUGCCAGAGGCAGCAUGGAGAAAUUCCCCGAUCACAUCGAUUCACACCUCACCAAUGGUAGCUCGAGGUCGACAAGCCCCGGGAAGACCAACGGUUACGCGCUCCCAGGAGCAUCCACCGGCGGUGACCGCUGGCAGCCGAGGAAAGACAGCAUUCAGGGUCGCGCCGCUAGAUGGGGCGCAUCAGGACAGCCGGCGACCCGCUAUGGCCAUGGCAGACAAAAGAGUCUUGGCGAUGCCAUUCACAACAUAAGGACGAGAGGCGGAAGCGUCAGCCAAAACGCCCACGAGAUCGCCGAUGCGCUGCGGGCCCCUGUCUCUCCUAGGCUGAUUGUGCUCUGCGUUCUCUGGUACACCUCGUCAGCUCUCACCAACACCUCUUCAAAAUCAAUCCUCACUGCGUUCGACAAACCUGCGACGCUGACAUUGAUUCAAUUCGCCUUCGUGGCGACGUAUUGUAUCCUCUUCGCCUGGCUGGCCAACAUUUUCCCGAACCUCAAAACGACGAUACCAGCACUUAAGCAUGGAAUUCGCUACCCCUCCCGCGAUGUCAUUAAGACGACGAUGCCCCUCGCAGCGUUCCAGAUCUUUGGGCACUUACUAAGCUCAACGGCGACGUCCAAGAUUCCUGUUUCGCUUGUCCACACCAUCAAGGGCCUCUCCCCCCUGUUCACGGUUCUUGCCUACCGACUCAUUUUCAACAUUCGGUAUUCAGUAAAUACUUAUUUGUCACUGGUGCCUUUGACUCUCGGUGUUAUGCUGGCAUGCUCAGGCAAGCACAACAAGUACAGCGGCGAGCUGUUGGGCAUAUUAUAUGCGCUCCUGGCCACCAUCAUCUUUGUGACGCAAAAUAUCUUCUCGAAGCGUCUCUUCAAUGAGGCUGCCAAGGCGGAGGCCGAGGGUAUGUCGGCCAGGUCUCAAAAGCUUGACAAGCUGAACUUGCUCUGCUACUCAUCUGGCAUGGCUUUCGUGCUGACCGUGCCUAUCUGGUUCUGGAGCGAGGGAACUGGCAUUAUCCGUGAUGUUCUCCACGAUGGCGCAGUUGAUCUGAAUGAGAAGGCCGGAUCCUUUGAUCACGGUCGUCUGACUAUGGAGUUUAUCUUCAACGGCACCUUCCAUUUUGGACAAAACAUUCUUGCUUUUGUUCUGUUGUCACUUGUGUCUCCAGUGACAUAUUCAGUGGCCAGUCUGAUCAAGCGCGUCUUCGUCAUUGUCAUCGCCAUUAUCUGGUUCCGGAACCAGACGACUUUUCUUCAGGGAGUUGGUAUUGCCUUGACCUUUGUCGGCCUCUACCUUUAUGACCGGACCCACGACCGAGACAAAGCAGAUCGUAAGGCCAAUCUGAUGGAGGGCAAGCAGGAACCCCUUCUGCCCUUGAACACCAAAGAAGCUUUGAACAAAAGCCAAAAUGCGCCGGUCUUUGAGAGCCCCAUGCUGUCCGCUGGAGCCUUCCAGUCAUACAGCAAUGGACACUCGCCGCAUGGCGAUGACGGCAAAAAGUCAGACGGGCCGAGUAAUGGUCGGUCCCGUGGUGGUAGCAACGCCGCCUGGCUCGCUCCAGGUACGAAGCAAGAAGACACUUGGCGGCUUGGAGACCGACAGGCUGGCAUGUAA